UGUUUGGUGACUGGCAAAGUUCAGGCUCUCUGUUUCCAGGUCUUUUCCUUUGAAAGGGGCUGCUUCUCCUUGCUUGCAGGUACAUGGCAAACACAGAGGCUCAUUUCCGGAAUGUGGCUCUGAAGCACAUGCCUCCCAACCUUCAGAAGGUGGACCUCCUGAAGGCAGUCACCAAACCAAACCUGGACUCCUUUGUGUUCCUACGGGUGAAGGAGAGGCAGGAGAAUAUCUUGGUGGAGCCAGAGACGGAUGAGCAGAGGGAAUAUGUGAUUGACCUGGAUGAAAAUUCUCAGCACCUGAUCCGGUACAAAACGAUAGCUCCUUUAGUGGCUUCGGGGGCAGUUCAGCUCAUUUAACCAUCAUGGAAACCCCUGGGCAUUUUACAAGUCCAAAGCAAAGGAUUUACGCAGAAUCAGCUGGGGGGCUUGGCACACUGGCACACCAUACCUGCAUGCCUUGAUUUGACAUCGGUCAUCCUAAGUGUUCUUGGCACAGCAGCUGAACUGCGCUUGUGAGACGCUGUGUACAAAAGAUGCCCUGCUGGCAGCAAAGAUGAGAUGGCGCCGUCACCAAAGAAAGGCGGAGGGUGUGCAAGAGCCUGACCUUCAGCUGGACUAAAGUAGCACAUCUGAUGUUCUGCAGGAUAUCCAGCAGGUGGCAAUGUUGUACUGCAACCUUUUGCACGAAGGUGCCAAAUUCUAUUAACAAUCUUGCAGGUGUAAUAUGAGUGCAUUCUCAUCAGUGCAAGUGGGUGUUGGUGAACUGUGCCUGUUCCUUUCCAGUAUGUUGUGAUGUCUGGACCUCCCUUCCCUUCUUUACGAACACUGCUGUAGUCCAUGAGGCAACAAUAAAAUACCAGCUGCCACUUUAAUCCCUCUGCCCCAGCAAAAAAAGUUGCUGGAAAACCUCCAAGAAUGAAGGACCUUGAUCCCUUUUCUCUGCAGACCCUGUUUGUUUUUAUAAAAAUAUUUAGGUUUCACAAUCCCUGUUCACAAUCGCUGAACAUGUGCCUGUAAAACAUACAAGUCUUCCCAUUAAAGAGUUAUAGAUGUCAUGAUUACUAAUUAAAAGCUGCUUCUGAUUUAAAACAGCAA